GUGGUUUUCUUAGCCCUGGUGGCCUACGCUUCUGCAGGAUCAGGACUUGUAGCUCCAUACGGUUACGGUCACGGAUACUCUUAUCAUAACUAUCCCAGUGUAUACCAUGCUCCAACAGUGAGCUACUCACCAUCUGUGUACCAUACUCCUCUUGCUACCAGCUACGCAAACACUCAUAAGAUCGCCUACUCCGCCCCCGUAGUGACUAAAGUACUUGCGGCACCAACAGUCACUAAAAUUCAUUACGCUACUCCAGUUGCCGCUUACGUUGCGCCUCAUUACUCUGGAUUGAGCUACGGUCAUGGAUACGGUUCCUAUGGUUUAGGACACGGAUAUGGAAGUGGAUACGGAUACGGCAAUUACGGCCAUGGUUAUGGUUUGGGACACGGAUACGGUGUGGGACAUGGUUAUGGAUACGGACACGGAUACUGGCACUAA